CUCAUGGAUGUAUAAAGACACCUGGACACAGCAUUAAAGGCAGGACCCCUUUCAUUCCUCUGAAAGCUGCUUAGUUACACAUGACGCUGUUUCCGUGGCAUGAAAUUAUCAGAAUGAUUGGUGCAUCACUGGGCCCACAGAGCAAGUGUGCUAGCCAAGCAGCCAACUUCCGCUGGCCUAAUGGCUGACUUCCUGUUUAGCCCUCUGCUAACUUGAAUGAGGAUAAAAUAAUUAAGUCUUGCAACUCUUUUAGCCUUUUGAAAUGUUAUCAAAAUAAAUUAAUUAAAUGUUGAUGGUGGAAAGAGUCAUCAGAACACUCAAAAAACUGUAUCCACUGAUUGACAGAUGUCUCUUUCCUAAUGUAAGUCUAUGGGAAAAAUCUUUUUGAGCUCAAUGGCAUCACGUGACAGACCCAGAAUAUUGCAGUAAGAUCAGUUUGGGUGACUGGCUGUUGAUUUUGCACAUUUCAAAUCAUUACAAUAAGUAACUGUCCCACUUAACCUGAUGUCCCAUCUUACCUCAACUCACCCUACAGUUAUAAAUAAAUAAAGUACAGAAAGCACUCAUUUUAGUCAUCUAUACAUUUUUUAAUAGUUUCACCUUAGUUGUCAGUCAUAAGUAUGUCAGAAAGUGUCAAAAAUGGAGAGUGAAGUUAUGUAAGAAUAUGGGGUAUUGAUUUUACCAUUAUUUAUUCCAUGAGCUAGAUAAUCCAGCAGAUGGCGCCAUUUAACAUGUGAAGAGACCAUCAACACCACUGUGGACAUGAAACGUGCCAAACGGGUGUAAGCAUGCCGACGUAAAAUGUUAGUGCCAUUCCAGCCAUCCAGUCAGCUGCACUCAGGUCGAUCCAGAAGACACCACAGUUAAUGGGACAGUGUCCAGACCCGCUGGGACCAGAGCUGCCACCGCUGUGUUGGCUCCACUCAGUGGCAUCUGCCGGGCAUUUAGCGCCGGGAGGAAAAAACAAAGGUCCUCCCUCCUCAACUGUGUUGUUAUUGACCGGCGGGGGAAAAAGAAGCGGGUCGAUAAGUGGAUCAGAUUUAUUAGCGGUCCAGAUUGGCCACAGCACGCCAAAUGCCAAGAGGAGCCACAGUCUGUGGGACGGCUGCAUUUCAUUUGGGUUAGAGGAGCGCCAGACAGCGUGUCUACAAGUGCGGCGCAAUUUCAAGUGGAAGGGAAGGUAAACCGUCAGGAUGGAUCUGGUCCAGCUUGCAGUGUCCAUCCACAUUCUUCUGUGUCCUGCAUGGGCACGUCACUCUUACAUGGACAGCAUCCUCUCAGCCCGCUCUGCUCUCAGGUUUCUGGAUGAGCCAUUGACCUUUGACCCCUGUUGUCUCAUGUCACCACCGCCGCCGCCGCUCUUUCCUCCGCCACCUCAGCUGUGGAAGCGGGGCAGCCCUGAUGGUGAUGGUCUCUUGGAGCCAAGUGCUCCUGGAAGAGAGGUGCAGCAAAAACAAAAACCUGUGAUACCUGGGUGUUUGCCAGGACCUCCCGGGCCUCCAGGACCCCAGGGCCCAGAGGGUCACGGUGGAUUACCUGGAAUAAGAGGACCAAAAGGGGAGAAGGGAGAAAUUGGACGUCCGGGGUCAAAGGGUCGCACAGGAGCUCCAGGCCUCCCAGGGAAACCAGGACUCCAAGGAUGGCCUGGUCCUGAGGGACCCAAGGGUGAGAAAGGGGACCCAGGACUCAUGGGAUUACCAGGACUGAGGGGACCACCAGGAUUAAAGGGUUUGCCUGGUUACAAAGGAGAAAGGGGGAUAUAUGGUGACCCUGGAGCGCCAGGACCAAAAGGGGAUAAAGGUUCCAUUGGUUUGCCUGGGAUGCUUGGACAGAAGGGUGAGCAGGGACCAAAGGGAGAGCCGGGAGUCGCGGGAAAAAGAGGCCCUACUGGACGGCCUGGGAAGCGAGGCAAACAGGGCAUGAAGGGCCAUGGUGGAACCCCAGGAGCCAUGGGCCCCCAAGGACCCCCUGGUCCAAACGGCCAUCCAGGGCCACCUGGACCACCUGCGUCAGGUCUCUAUCUAGUGGGUGAAAAGGGAGAGAAGGGUCCUCCAGGUCCACCAGGUCGCUGUGACUGUGACUCCACUCUUGGUGUGAAUAAUGCUCCUUUUGGAAGCUACACUCAACGGGGCGGCCUCAGCAGAGUCCCUGCAAUAUUUGUGGUAAAGAGUGAGGAGGAGAUGGACAAUCUACGUCUAGACAACGCAAUAGCAUUCAGGAAGGAUCAGAGGAUGCUCUACUUCAAAGAUAAAGACGGAUGGAAGCCCAUACAGCCCUUCCAGCCGUUCCAAUCCACAGAGAAAGUCCCAGACAGAGUUGGUGCGUGUGGGGAUGGAAAGGUGCAAGCCCAGCACGGAGAGGAGUGUGAUGAUGGAAACCAGAUUGUCACCGAUGCUUGUCUCAACUGUAAGUGGGCCUACUGUGGAGAUGGCUACCGACAUGAAGGCAUUGAGGAGUGUGAUGGAAAGGACUUUGGUUAUCAGACCUGCAAAUCCUAUCUUCCUGGGUCCUUUGGGCAGCUCAGAUGCACCGACUCCUGCCUCAUUGAUUCCACUGGUUGCAAGUAUUUCACCUGAGCUGGGGAAUAAAAAAGGGCUAGAUUGCCACUUUGCAGUUCCCUCUGUCUGCUCAUGGGGAUUAUACUUCAGAUUUCUACUGAAGUCUCACCCUUAAAAAAAUAACUGAUGGACUGAGAGAGAGAGUACUGAAGGGAAGCUCUUGUGCCUGCUCAGAACCAUGAACCGUCAUGGCAGCAAGCUUUGAAUGGACCGUCUCCCUCGGAGGUUUAAUUCUUUUAACGGCCUCAGGGAGCAGCUUCCCGUUACUGUCACUCCAUCGGCUGCAGCACUGUUAUGGACACCGGUGAUGGCGGAGAACAUUCUCAUGAAUUAAUGAUUGUAUCAUAUAAAAUAGUUUCAAUGUGUAUGACUUGCUGACUGUUGAUGCAAAAAUAAACUGUAUUCUGAACUUCUUUUGUAAUAAGAGAGAGAAAAAAGAGCAUUUUCCAGAAGAGGAAAUUAUAUUAUUAAUACUAUAUAUACUGUAGUACACAAAUCAGGGGUGUGUAAAUGUGUUUAUUCAUGUGCAAUGUAUUAUGAAACAUGUAUUUAUGAAGUGCAAUGCUGUUAUAUUGCAUGUAAAUGUGUACCAGUGCCCUGCAGACUGCUAUAACCAGUGCUGUUAAUGUACUAGCCAAAGUAUGCCCCCUUUAAAGUGAAUGUUAAGAUCCCUGACAGGAGGAAGAAGAAUGUCACACUGCAACAACAGCGAGAAAAUAACUGUGAUUAUUGCAGCAGCAUGAAAAAACCCAUGACUCCAAAAUGUUUUCAGUGAAAAGUGAUUAGUGGAUAAUCUGCCUGCAUGAUUGUUAAAUUCAUAAAACACUGUACAACAAUAAAGAUUAG